GCUUUGCCCCUGGUAACCAGAACAAUAAGCCCCGCUGCUGCUGCUGCUGUUGCCUGAGAGCUAGGCUGGCAGAUAACGGUGUUCACGACGCAUGCUCCUGCCCGGAGCUGAGCAGGGCAUUCUCCAUGUAACACUGGCACAGGAAUGACGAGCACAGGAGACGGACUCCUACACACUAGUGCACUGCUCAGGUGACCGCACGGCAGUGGAGCUAUGCCAGGCAUGUGAGGCAGCUGGCACACACGGGAGCAGUGGCAUAACUCCGAGCAGGCUAUCCCCGGACACAUGAGCCGCAUUCUGUGAGGAGCCGCAGCCGCUGACAGCGCAGUGGACCGGGACACAAAGGCAGGAUACAGCGGGAGGAGGGGGCACAGGAAGCCGAGGUGUCACCGGUGCAGCAUGUCCCGCUUCUCCUGAGACAGCCAGCCCCGGGAGCAGACAUGUGGAGACCCACGGAGCACGAGAAGUACGGCGUGGUGGUGGCCAGCUUUCGAGGAACAAAUCCACAUGGCUUAACGUUGGAAAUUGGAGACACUGUUCAAAUUCUGGAGAAAUGUGAUGGCUGGUAUCGAGGAUUUGCCCUGAAGAAUCCAAAUGUCAAGGGUAUUUUUCCUUCUAGCUACGUGCACCUAAAGAAUGCGUCUGUAAAAAACAAAGGGCAAUUUGAAAUGGUGGUUCCUACUGAAGAUGCUGUUAUUACAGAAAUGACAUCUACAUUAAGGGAUUGGGGCACAAUGUGGAAACAACUUUAUGUGAAAAAUGAAGGUGAUCUUUUUCAUCGCCUGGGUCACAUAAUGAAUGAAAUCCUUGAUCUGCGCCGACAAGUACUAGUGGGACAUCUGACUCAUGAUCGCAUGAAGGAUGUGAAGAGGCACAUAACAGCCCGUCUGGACUGGGGAAAUGAGCAGCUGGGUCUAGACUUGGUUCCAAGAAAAGAGUUUGCGAUGGUAGAUCCAGAAGAAAUCAGUGUUACUGAAUUAUACAGACUAAUGGAGCACAGACACAGAAAAAAAGACACUCCAGUGCCAGCAAGCAGCCACCAUCUAUUUGUACAGAUGAAGAGCUUAAUGUGUUCAAAUCUGGGUGAGGAGCUAGAGGUGAUUUUCUCUCUUUAUGACAGCAAAGAAAAUCGACCAAUAAGUGAACGUUUCUUCGUAAGAUUGAACAGAAAUGGGCUGCCAAAAUCUCCGGAAAAGACUGAAAGAUAUAGUUCUGUUUUUGUUGACCUAAGCUCAAGUGACCUUCGGAAAGACAUUUUCAUCACUGUACACAUAAUCAGAAUUGGUCGUAUGGGUGCCGGUGAAAAGAAGAACUCCUCUAAUGUGCAAUAUCGUCGACCUUUUGGUUGUGCCGCUCUUAGCAUUGCUGACCUCUUAACAGGAGAGUCAAAAGAUGACCUCAUUUUAAAAGUUUAUAUGUGCAACACGGAAAGUGAUUGGUAUCAAAUCCAUGAAAAUAUUAUCAAGAAAAUGAAUGCUCGAUACAACCUCACAGGCUCAAAUACAGGAUUGGCAGUUUCUCUUCAGCUGCUUCAUGGAGACAUUGAGCAAAUUAGAAGAGAAUACUCUUCAGUGUUUACCCGUGGGGUGUCAAUAACAAGAAAGCUUGGCUUCUCAGAUAUCAUUAUGCCUGGUGACAUGAGGAAUGACUUAUACAUUACCAUAGAAAAAGGAGAAUUUGAAAAAGGGGGUAAAAGUGUUGCAAGAAAUGUACAAGUUACAAUGGUUAUUGUGAACAGUGAGGGACAGAUUCUAAAGGAUUAUAUAUCUUUUGGUUCAGGAGAACCAGCUGCUCACGAGUAUCAUUCGUUUGUAUUAUAUCACAACAACAGCCCUAGAUGGGCAGAAUUACUAAAGCUUCCUAUACCUGUGGAUAAAUUUAGAGGAGCACAUAUCCGAUUUGAAUUCCGGCAUUGUUCUACAAAAGAAAAGGGUGAGAAAAAAUUGUUUGGCUUUUCAUUCAUUCCACUGAUGCAAGAAGAUGGUCGAACGUUUCCAGAUGGCACUCAUGAACUCAUUGUACACAAGUGUGAAGAGAACACCGUUUUCCAAGAUUCCUGCCGCUACCUCAAACUCCCAUUUUUGAAAGGAAAUCAACACGGAAAUAAUAAUCAAGCUGUUAAGAAUACAAAGGAGUCUUUUUGGAUAACCUCAUUCCUUUGUUCAACCAAGCUAACACAAAACGGGGACAUGCUUGAUCUGCUUAAAUGGAGGAUGCACCCUGAUAAAAUCCCAGGCUCAUUGUCGAAGUUAAAGGAAAUUGAUGGUUCCGAAAUUGUAAAGUUUCUGCAGGAUACACUGGACACUUUAUUUGGCAUUUUGAAUGAAAGUUCUCAGAAGUACAGCUCAAAAGUCUUUGACUGCUUGGUUCAUAUAAUAAAUUUACUACAAGACAGUAAAUUCCAGCACUUUAAACCCGUAAUGGACACUUACAUAGAAGGACAUUUUUCAGGUGCCCUUGCUUACAGAGACCUCGUAAAAGUGCUGAAAUGGUAUGUGGACCGAAUAAUUGAAGCUGAACGACAGGAGCAUAUCCAGGAGGUAUUGAAGGCUCAAGAAUAUAUUUUUAAGUAUAUUGUUCAAUCACGGAAACUCUUUUCAUUUGCAACUGGUGGACAAAAUGAGGAAGAAUUUCGCUGUAGUGUUCAAGAGCUUAUGAUGUCAAUCCGUUUCUUCCUAUCCAAAGAAAGCAAAGGAACCAGUGCCUUGUCUCAGUCACAGGCUGUGUUUCUGAAUUCUUUCCCAGCUGUAUACUCAGAGCUGCUGAAACUAUUUGAUGUUCGGGAAGUGGCAAACUUGGUGCAUGAUACUCUGGGCAGUCUGCCAACAAUCAUGCAUGCGGAUGACUCCCUUCAGGAGGUCAAACUUCAAUGCAUUGCAAAGACAGUGGAAAGCGAGCUCUAUAGCAAUCCUGAGUCCCGGUUUAUUCUCCUCCCUGUCGUCCUCCACCACCUCCACAUGCAUCUACAGGAGCAGAAAGAUCUUGUAAUGUGCGCACGUAUCCUUAGCAACAUGUUUUGUCUAAGCAAGAAAAACAGCUCUGAAAAGUCUGCAAUGAAGGAAAUCGAUGUGAUUGUGAACAGCUUGCUGGAUAUUUUAUUAAGGACUAUUUUAGAGAUUACAAGUAGACCUCAACCUUCAGGCUCUGCAAUGAGACUUCAGUUUCAAGAUGUAACUGGUGAAUUUGUUGCAUCUUUGCUGUCCCUGUUGCGACAGAUGACUGACAGACACUACCAACAGCUUCUAGAAAGCUUCAGCACAAAGGAUGAACUUCGGGACUUUUUGCUGCAAAUUUUUACAGUAUUUCGUAUUCUUAUACGACCUGAAAUGUUUCCUAAAGAUUGGACUGUUAUGAGAUUUGUUGCCAACAAUGUCAUUAUUACAACUGUAUUGUAUCUUUCUGAUGCUCUUCGUAAGAACUUCCUAAAUGAGGGCUUUGAUUAUAAGAUAUGGGAUUCAUACUUUUACCUUGCAGUCAUUUUUAUAAACCAGUCCUGUUUACAGCUGGAGAUGUUUACCCCUUCCAAGAUGAAGAAAGUGCUGGAGAAAUAUGGGGACAUGAGGGUGACAAUGGGCUGUGAAAUCUUCAGCAUGUGGCAGAAUCUAGGUGAACACAAACUGCAUUUUAUCCCAGCCUUAAUUGGUCCAUUUCUAGAGGUAACAUUGAUACCCCAACCUGACUUACGAAAUGUAAUGAUCCCUAUCUUUCAUGACAUGAUGGACUGGGAGCAAAGAAGAAGUGGCAACUUUAAACAGGUUGAAGCAAAGCUAAUUGAUAAACUGGAUAGCCUGAUGUCUGAGGGAAGAGGUGACGAAACAUACCGGGAGCUCUUCAACAGUAUAAUUCCUUUGUUUGGUCCUUAUCCUAGCUUAUUGAAAAAAAUUGAACGGGAAACAUGGAGAGAAAGUGGAGUAUCCUUAAUUGCCACUGUGACAAGACUCAUGGAGCGGUUGUUGGACUACAGAGACUGCAUGAAAAUGGGAGAAGUAGAUGGAAAAAAGAUUGGGUGCACCGUUAGUCUAUUGAAUUUUUAUAAAACAGAGCUAAAUAAAGAAGAAAUGUAUAUACGGUAUAUACACAAACUCUAUGAUCUGCAUAUGAAAGCACAAAAUUUUACAGAGGCUGCCUAUACCCUUCUACUGUAUGAUGAAUUACUGGAAUGGUCUGAUCGUCCCCUCAGGGAAUUUCUCAGCUACCCAAUGCAGACAGAGUGGCAACGGAAAGAGUAUCUUCAUAUGACCAUCAUUCAGAAUUUUGAUCGAGGGAAAUGUUGGGAAAAUGGAAUAAUACUUUGCAGGAAACUUGCUGAACAGUAUGAAAACUAUUAUGACUACAGGAAUCUCAGCAAAAUGAGGAUGAUGGAAGCAUCCCUCUAUGAUAAAAUAAUGGACCAACAGCGCCUGGAGCCAGAGUUCUUUAGGGUUGGAUUUUAUGGAAAGAAAUUCCCAUUUUUUUUAAGGAACAAAGAAUUUGUUUGUCGAGGCCAUGACUACGAGAGACUAGAAGCUUUUCAACAGCGCAUGCUUACAGAAUUCCCACAUGCUAUUGCAAUGCAGCAUGCCAACCAGCCUGAUGAAACUAUCUUCCAGGCAGAAGCUCAGUAUUUACAGAUUUAUGCAGUUACUCCUAUUCCUGAAAGUCAAGAGGUUCUGCAGAGAGAGGGUAUUCCUGAUAAUAUCAAAAGCUUUUACAAAGUAAAUCACAUUUGGAGGUUCCGGUAUGACCGACCUUUCCAUAAGGGUACAAAGGACAAGGAAAAUGAAUUUAAGAGCCUCUGGGUAGAAAGAACAGCUCUGACUCUGGUGCAAAGCCUACCUGGUAUUUCACGAUGGUUUGAAGUUGAAAAACGCGAAGUGGUGGAGAUGAGCCCACUUGAAAAUGCAAUUGAGGUCUUAGAAAAUAAGAAUCAGCAGCUAAGAACUCUAAUCAGUCAGUGUCAGGCACGGCAGAUGCAGAAUAUAAACCCCUUGACUAUGUGUCUGAAUGGGGUUAUCGAUGCCGCAGUAAAUGGAGGAGUUUCAAGGUAUCAAGAGGCAUUCUUUGUGAAGGAAUAUAUUUUCAACCACCCUGAGGAUGGAGAUAAGAUUUCACGCUUGAGAGAACUAAUGCUAGAACAGGCCCAGAUAUUAGAGUUUGGGUUAGCUGUUCAUGAGAAGUUUGUCCCUCAAGAUAUGAGACCAUUGCACAAGAAGAUGGUGGACCAGUUCUUUGUACUAAAAUCAAGUCUGGGAAUACAGGAUUUCUCAGCUUGUGUACUACCUAGUCCUGUUAGUUUCCCUAAUGGAAGUCCUCGCAUUCCUAGAAACUCUGCACCAGCCAUUAUGGGUCCAGAUGCUGCUCGUGUAGUACCAAGACGAAGCCCAUUGAGUUACCCAGCGGUAAACAGAUACUCUUCCUCCUCACUCUCCUCUCAAGCUUCAGCUGAAGUUAGCAAUUUAACGGGGCAAUCAGAAAGUUCUGAUGAUGUGUUUCACAUGCAGCCAAGCCCUUCUACCUCAAGUUUGAGCUCUACACAUUCCGCCUCUCCAAAUGUGACUAGUUCUGCCCCCUCAAGUGCCAGAGCUUCCCCUCUGUUAUCUGACAAACACAAGCAUUCCAGAGAAAAUGCCUGCCUAUCCCCAAGAGAGAGACCCUGCAGUGCCAUAUUUCCAGUUCCAGCAGAACCGCCCCAGGUAAGAGCACUUUUUAAUCACAUCGGAGAAAACACUUUGCCUCGGAGUGAUCCAAACCUCUCAGCUCCAGAUAAAGCAGUGAACACAACCCCAAGCAGUUGGAGCCUCGAUAGCGGGAAAGAAGCCAAAAACAUGUCAGAAUGCGGGAGGUUCAUAACCCCUCCGGUGCCACCCAGACCCACACAAGCAGCUUCUCCAGCAAGAAAUAUUGCUGCAGUGUCCCCUUCUAUAAUGGGAAGAUCUCCAAUGAAGGGCUCAAUGCAGUCAUUUACUCCAUCUCCUGUGGACUGCCAUCCUUCUAGCAUGAUGUCCAAUUCUCCAGUCUUGUCUGGGAGCUGCAGCAGUGGCAUUUCUUCUCUAAGUCGUUGCAGCAUUUCAGAAAUGUCAGGUUUUGAGAGUCAAUUUUUUGAGCAAUCAGGAUCUGGCUCAAGUUAUGGUAUAUCAGAGGAACCAACAAGAAAGGAGAAUAAAACCCCACCCCCUUACAGUGUGUAUGAACGGACUUUAAGGCGUCCUGUACCCGUACCUCAAUGUCUCUCCAUACCUGCUCCUAUUGACCCUCCAGCUUUACCACCUAAACCUGGCCCAGCACGUCCAACAAGUCUGGAGAAUGGCAAAAGGACUGACCCAUUGCCACGCCCAAGGCCUUUCCCAAGGAAAGUAUCUCAGUUGUAAAAGGAUUGCUGAACAAACAGUAUGACCUUGCAGAACAAGUAACCCCAAGGGGUGCAGUGAUAAGUGAAGACUGCAGAUAGGUUAUAGAUGUAAUAAAAGUAUGGGCACUUUAAUUGUUUACUAUUUGGUUCUCUUAAGAAAGUAAAGAAUUUUGUUAUGUAUUAUUGUUUUGCACAUUAUAAUAGAAAUUUUAAUUCAGGAGUAACUUGACAAGAGGCACUUUGGAUCACAUACAGAAACCACAUACAUUCAUGGAGUAUGUGGGCUUACUGGAUAUAAAUUUGAUAUCAUAAUUUCUUUACAUUUUGAUGAAUCUGUAUACAAUGAAUAAUUAUUUGUUUCUUAGUUUCUUUUUGUGUUUCAGUUAUAUUUUAGAGAUACUUGAUUCUUUGCUUUUAACCAUUAAAAAAGCCAACAAUUCCAAAUGUAUUAUCUGCGCUAACUUCAAAUUUAUAACAUAGAUAUUAGUUUGAUGACCCUGUUAACAUCUUACUAUAUGAGCAUAGUAUACAUCAUUUUCUUCAAAGAAUGUGGGAUUUUUACUUCUGUAUAUAAAUCUCUGCUCAUGGGCGAUAAAUUAUCUUCUGUACUUUGUGCAUUUUCUAUAUGACAAGACAAUUUUAAUGUUUUAUUAACUCAAGGGAGGGUAGCUCUCAGAACUGCAUGUACUACGAGGUUGUUCCAAUGAUCAAAGCAGAGAAGUAACUGCUGUACGUUCCAGCUAUAGGCUGUUUAUUUGGUACGUAUUCAGAGCAGUGUGUCAAAGGCAGUAAAACUGGGGUUGCUUUAGUGGUUUAGUAAUGCAAAACUUUUUCUAAAGCUUAGUUUUUUUUACCUAUGUCCUUGUAUUUAAAACAAUGGAUCUGAGUUAGAUGUAUGUGUAUCUAGAUAAUGCUGUAGCCAGCAGAACAAGGCUCUGUUCACAUUAGAGCCAUGACUUUCAUCAUUUCCAAGAUCAUGACAGCUUUUGAAAUGGGUCCAAAUGAAUCCUGAUGGAUUUCUUUGCUUUUAUAGGGGUACUCCAGCAUUUCAAAAUGUAUCGCCCUAGGGCAAGAUAAGUUUCUGAUCGCAGGGGGUACAAGAAGUCGGACCAGAAUGUGGCCCCGAAUCUCUCCACUGCAUGGAACGCGGGGUCGGCAUGCUCUCCAUUUAUUUUCUUUGGGAGCACUGGAGAUACAUGAGCUGUACUCAUGUACCUCCAGCUCUUUCAUACGGAAUGCAUUGAGCCUGUGCCGACUGCAACUUCCCUUCAGCCGGGAGAUUCUGACCCAGUUAUGGAGAUUGAGGAGGGGUCCCGGAAGUUGUACACCCGCAAUCGAACACUUAGCCCCCCUGUGGAUAGGUAUUUAAACAAUGGAGUACCCCUUUAAAAGGCCAUGGAUCAGGAUAUGUUGGGUUUUCUGUAUUUAGUGACAAAAAUAACAGUGCUUAUUCUGCUAUUCUUGUCAUCAAAAGCAAUGGGAAAAAUUAAGAAGGGUAGCAAUGUGAACAGAGCCUAAAAAAAGAAGUAACAGAAUGUAUCCUUAGUUGUAUUCCCAGAGGCUGCUGGGCUUGUGGAGAUAAUCAAUGCUUCAUUUAUUUAGACAGCUUAAACUUGGACAGAAUUAGUGUUCAAUGUUUCGCUAUGUAGUGAUCACAUGUGGGUUCACUACUGAUUUUGGUGUGAUCCAGUCAUUGCACACAAUACAAACACUGGUGAUGCUACAUUUUACACCAGGACAGGUGCACCCGGUAAACUUCUAUUGCUGAUUCACCGCUAUUGUCCGUUAGAAUAAAGUCACUCUGAAACAUUACUUAUCUCUCUCUAACCCAUUGGCUCCCAUGUUGUAAAAGUAAUGAUCUUUUACUGGAUUCCUCUAUAUAGGAUAGAGCCGCAAACUCUACUAUUACAUUUCACAAUUAUAGUUAUACUAACAUGUACCAGCCCAACAGAGACACUCUAUUGGCCUUUGUUAGGUGAAUGUGGGCUACAGGCAGAGGAUAGCCUGCUCUACACCCCUUCAUUAAAUAACCCCCCACCCCUUUCAAUCACUGAACAGAACUCAGCCAAACACAGCCCAUAUGAAAAUAAAUUCCCGCCCAUCUGACAGAUCUACUGAGUCAGGGGAGAUACAAAGCUCUACAACUCAGCAACAGCUAGGCAAUUAUCAUGCUGUAAACAGGUAUGCGAUCAGCCCCCCCUAAGGUAUCUACUGGUUACUGCAACUCAUGUUUUUUUCAGAAUGACCUCAGGUUUUCUUUAGUAUACCUGGUGUGCAUCAGUGGCUAAGGUAUUUAUUUUUGUUGUCUAUUUUGAAUAGACAACCAUCACAACACUACACAACUCACUUUUCUGUUUUACAUGUAUUCACUUCAACAUCUAUGUUUUCUAGUAAUCCACUUUGUACCAUUUAUCACAUUUCCCAUAUAUCACCUUUAAUGUAGUUAAAACGCAUAAAAAUAAAAUUACACAACAGUUCUUUAUAAAUAUAUAUGUCUCACAUAAUGCUUAUGGGAGUAUUGCUAUCUCCAUUUUUCUGGGGCUCUAAUACCCCUUUUAUCUUCCUUUACGGAGGGAAUCUUUGACAUAUUUUGAUGAUGUGUUUGGAAGUGGUAAUUUUUAAUGGUGAAGCUAUAGGGAGUGCCUUGUUAGCAGUCGCUCCAGGGCACUGGAGUUUGCGGGGACCCAAAGGCCUCUUAAUAUGAGCAAACACCAAUAACAUAAAUAGCACACAGUGGGUAGGGCCAUGGUUAAAAACAAUAUAUCACCUCUAUUAUUGUGUGUGCAUCUUCUACUGCACAAUUGACUAAAUCAGAUCCAUUGUUAAGUGCCUUGCAUUCAGCUACUCUUUGCAUCCCCAAUGUUUUACAAAUAAAUGUGUAUGUUUUUCUCUUAGAAAAGUAUUGAAGGUGCUGGGCUCUUUUAAUUCCGAUUCAGUGUAUAUGGUUAUGCAGGAGGCCAAGCAAUACAACUAACAUUUUAUAUAGAUCAGGCUAAAUUAGAAAAGUUCAGCAGUUUUGACAAGAUCCUAUAGUUCUAUGUAUCUACUUGUCAAUCGCAUUUAAUUAUAAACUUAGAUAUUGGAUGAACAAGCAACAAAAUGAAUCAUUCAUUUAUAUUGGUAAUUCGUGACCUACCAGUAUAUCUGACAUAAAGCCGUGUUUGCUACUGGUCACCAAUGAAAAUAUACUAGUUUCUAUAGAAGAGGAAAACAAUUUACAUAUGAGCAAUCACAUCGGAUUUAUUUGCCAGAAACUGAGAAUCUUAUAAUUAUUCAUACGAUAUAAUGAUCUAUCUAUAAUAAACUGAUGGAUACUUGAAGUUGGGAAACAUAGUAGGGAAAUGUAGGGUUCCCGGGUGCCAGUAUAUUUCAUAUGUAGAUUUAACACUGCUCUGCAUGGAUACUGGUGCUGCAUGUUAGUAUGCAAUACUUUGUAUGGAAAUGCACACAUACUAAGAACAUUGCAUAUGGAAGCAUAGUAGUAAAGGGAAGAACUACUCAGCUUAGUACUGUAUGGUGUAUUUAUGUAUUCUGUGUGUAAACAAUAGUAAAACACAUGUAUCUGAGGUAUUUAAUGCGGAGAGCUUUAUUUCUCUGCAUAUUUCUAUUUAUUACUAACUGGGAGCGAUAAUCUUUAGUGCUCUGUAAUGUAAAUUAAGAUGUCAUAUGUAGAUGCCAGUACGACAGUGCCCACGCUUACAAAGUUAUCAUGACAGCUAUGGGAUGAUGCCUUGGAUCUUGAAAGCAAUAAUAGUUGAUAAAAGCACCUCUUCGUACAUUGGCUUAUUGGGUUAUUUAGUAUGCCCAUAUUAUUAUUCCAUACAUGUGGAUGGAACAGAUAAACUGACUCAUAGUAGCUCAAUAAUAUCUCUUAGUCAUGUUCUUCUUAUUUUCACAAUUACUUAUAAUCCAAAUCCUUUUUACUUCCAGGGAAUACAGGAAAUAUUUAUUUUCAAAGUGGUGGCUUAGCUUCUUGUGCCAAAGUGCUUUCCUAGAAAAUAACAUUGAUGACCUAUGCCAAGGGUUAGCCAUCAAUAAGUGAUUGGUGAGGGUAUGAUUCUCGGGGCCACACUGAUGAGCAAAAUGAGGGGGUUACAGUAUUGUGUAAGGGACUGGGGCUAAGUUUCUGUACCAGGCAUAGCUGCACAUGGACAAGUACUUGUGCCUGGAUAUACUGUGAAGGGGACAUAGAGCACUGCAGCCUAUUAUUUCUGCUGAUCAGUAGGGAUCCCAGGGGUUGGACUCUGUCCAAUCACACAUCGACCUACCUAAGGCUGGGCCAUCAGAAAACACCUAUAAAGGUAAUGUGUCAUCAGGAAAAUACCUAUUGUUUAAAUAAAAUUGUUAUAUUUUGGGUGUUUUUUCCAAUUUUCCAAUUUACUAUCAUUAUAUAAGAUAAUUCUGAAAUCUUGCAUUUUAAUUCUGGCCACCAAGUCUAUUAUUAAACUGACACUCCCUGUUCUGUAGAGAGAGCUUUUCUGCUUUCUUUCCUUUAUCAUGACAAGCACAUUUUUCAGUGAUAGGUGACACCUCUAUAUAGAUAGGAUGGGACCAGGCCAUUCACAACAAGUGAUGAUCACUGCUUUUCACCUCUUCCCCCACUGCACAGAUCACAGAGCAAACCUAGAAAACUUUUUCAUGGAAGUCAGUGUGUCCCUUCCAGUCUGUUUCCUAUGGUCCAUGUGUCUACAGUAAAGCAUGUCUCUAAAUGCUAUUAGCUGUGUAGAAUCUUAAGCCGUAUACCUGUCCUUAUAAUCAAUGCACAAGAAUGAAAUAAUACACUUUUUCUAUUAGAAAAUAAAGUAUAGGAAAAAAAAAAGAACACAUUCUGUAUCUGGUUCUAAAAAGCAAAAAAUAAAUUAAAUAAAAAAUUAAAUAAAAAAAUUGAGAUGACACAUUCCCUUUAAUUAUUCCUGGACAGCACACUUUAUUAUCCACCAGCUUUUCUAGAUAUUUCCCUGGUUAUCCUUUACUAAUGCAUGAAUAAUGUGUCAGGUGAAUAAUGCAAUAAACAUUUGCAUCCAAUUCUUUUCCUAUGGUUUUCUAGUUCAUCAUACGGAACAAUCCCCACCAAUGCAAUUUUCUAGCACAAACUCUUGUACAGAUGUAAUGUUGUGCCUUUCUAGCCUGUGUGCUGUCUCAUUGUCAUUAGUCCUUGAAUUAUGGGCAUUGUAUAUCUCGGCUGUUUCACUGUAUUUCUUUUAUGUUCCUACCAACAAACCUGCCACCUGUUCUGGCACAUAAUUCUACAUCCUCACCAAGAACAGAGCACCUUACGUGAUUGAUUUCAUCGCUCUCAUGCUUUUAUGGCAAUUUACAAAAUGGUUAUGCAUUUUAAACCUUCCUUUAAAAAAAAAAAAAUACAAAAAAUAAGAAAAAAAAAUAGUAGAUAAAGUAUUUCCCUGUUUUCGCUGGGAAGUUGAUUUUUAGGUAAAGUGUGUAUUUUGCUUUUAAAGACAGUCUGGUUGAAAGAAAAUGAUCACUUUUUAUAUAUUUUCCCAAAAAAACUGUUAGCAGGUGACUACAUUUUUAGUAAUUAUUCGAGUAUUUUUGUACAUAGUUUGUUAACUUUAAUAAAAUAUUCCACUUAAAAUAAAGAGCAGGCGUGCAUAUGCAGUAUGAUUGUGAGAAUUAUGCCAAAUAAUUUAUGUAUUGAAAACGGUUUGUAAAUAUGUGCUUUUUAAAUAAUAAUUCAGCCAUAUUGACUUUACAGUUUUGAAUGUCAGAAGAAAAUAUAUGGUAAAGAAUAUUUAUGUUUUAGUAAAAGAUAUUAAAGAGGGAUAGUAAUUUUAGCUUUGUACCGGGCUAUUUUGCAGUUUGGAAUUUUUAGAACUGAUUGUGGCUUUGGGAUAUAACAUACAGUGUUGUGUUUUAACAUAUUUAACAGAUAACAGGGGCAAGAAGACUAUAUGUUCGUAUAUCUUUGCAUAUACAGGACAUAGAUUGAUAAAACGAUGCAUUACUGUUGGUUUCAAUUUUGGCAUUAUAACAUAACAGGCUCUUCUGAUUUAUCUGUGUAGUAUAUAGUUGAUUUGUUGUACAGUGUUUUACAGCAAGUGUUUUUUUUUUUUUUUCCUGCGGCCAUCUUUCUGUUUCUGGCAACCAGCAGAAGCGUUACAUUUAAUAUAUGCGUGUAUUACUGGACUCAUUCAUGCAUAAUAAUUAUUAUGAUGAACUCUUUACCAGAUGUGCAUAUUAGAUGGUGCAGCAUUGGAACAAAAUAAAAUAAAGUUACUUGGAUAAUAUAUAUAUGCUUUGGUGUGUUUUUUGUUUUUGUUUUGUUUUUUGUUUUUAAAUGCUGUUUACUGAAUAGGAUGUGUGUACAGUGUAUGCUAUACAAUACCGUUCUUUUCGCUUGUUUACAAUAGAUUAGUUAUCGUUAAUUUGAAAUUAAAGGAUAUUUCCAGAGAUUUGAACAAAAACUUUCAUGGUAUGUGUCUCAUUAUUUUCAAUAAAACUGCUUC